GUCGGGAUCUUCUAUAUCUAUUGUGGCUGUUUACGUAGACGACAUUCUAUUAACAGGAAAUGAUGUCGAUGAACUACAUACUUUAAAGUCAUUUCUAGAUCACGAGUUCAAAAUAAAGGAUCUCGGAGAAUUAUAUUUUUUUCUUGGUAUGGAGGUUCUUCGUGAGGCAGCUGGUUUGGUUCUCUGUCAAAGAAAGUUCACUCUGGACUUGUUAAAAGAGUUUGAUUCUCUACAUUACUCCCCUGUUUCUUCUCCUCUUGAUCCCACCGUCAAAUUGCUCGCCAAAACAGGGGAGCCUCUUCCUUCCAACUCUAUAUCGGAUCCAAGAAAGCCCCAUUUGCAUGCCGCUCUUCGAGUUCUCCGAUAUUUGUUAAAAGACCCAGGUUUGGGGCUUUUUAUGACAGCUUCUCCCUCGUUUCAACUCAUUGCCUUUUGCGACUCAGAUUGGGGUACUUGUCCAGAUACUCGAAAGUCAGUGAGUGGUUUCUUCAUUUCACUUGGCGGAUCUCCAAUUUCAUGGAAGUCAAAAAAGCAGACCUCCAUCUCUCUCAGCUCAGCAGAAGCAGAAUAUCGUUCUAUGCGCCGUGCAGUGGCAGAAUUGACUUGGUUAGUACGACUUUUUGAAGAUCUGUCUAUACCCAUUUCUCUACCAGUACCCCUUCAUUCUGAUAGCCAAGCAGCAAUCCAUAUCGCGAAAAAUCCGGUCUUCCAUGAGCGAACUAAACACGUGGAAAUCGAUUGUCAUUUCGUGAGACAGCAAUUUCUGGCCGGCUUGAUUUCUCUUUCUUUCGUUCGAUCUUCUUCUCAGCUGGCAGAUUUGUUCACUAAACCAUUAGCUGGCCCUUCUCAUCACAAUUUAUUGGGCAAGUUGGGUGUUCUUUCAUCCCCUCCAACUUGA